AGAAACGGUCAAAACGAAAGUAGGCACUUCCAGAAAAUGCCAAGGGGUAAACGGUCGUCAACACCAAAACAUGGUGACCAAAAUAAAAAGUCAAAAGCCAAAAAUAAUUCUACAGAAUCAAAGUCUCCAUUGGCAGAAAGACAAGAAGAUUCUCCACCGUCCGAACUCCCUGUAACUUCUAAAAUUCCUGUAAUGCCUGAAGUUCCUGUAACUCCAAAAACAGAAGAUUCUCAACAGGGGAAGGAAGAAGAAUCAGAGAAAGUGAUUAAUUCAGAGGAACAAAGGGAGAAGCCAGAUGUUGAAGGGAAAAUGGAUAACCAAGGAACAGAGGGACAGAAAAAAAGGAAGAAUAAGAAGAAAAAUAAGCAACAAAAUGAUGAAAUUGGUGAGGUUGAAAAGCAAGUAGAAGACAUUAAUAAACUUGAUAAACCCAGUGAGAGACUUUGGAAUAAAAUCGAACAGCAUAUCAAAGGAUGCCCAGAACCCCUUGUUAAAUUCUUUGACGAUUUAGUUCAUGGAAACCACUGGACAUUUUUAAGAGAUAGGAAAAUAGAAGAUAUCAAACAAGUUUUAGAAAUUUGCAAGAAUUCGCAUUGUUCAAGCUCACAAAGAAGUAAGGAAGAAACCAAAGAAAAUAAGCAAGAGCAGCCAAGUAAUAAAAGGGAAAGGUCAGCAAGAAAAGGUGUUGAUAAAACUAGGACUGAAAAUCAAGAGGAAUUAAAGAAAAAUGAAACAGCUGAAUUAAAGUCCAGAGUAGCUGGAUUAACAGAAGUAGCUGAAUUAAGGAGAAGCUUGGAGGUAAAAGAACAAGAAGUUAAAAGAUUUGAAGCAGAAAAAUCUCAUCUCCAACAGGAUAAAGAAAAGAUCUAUCAUCAGUUGAGGCGUAGAGAUGAAGAUUUCCUUCAUAUUCAGAAUGAAUAUCAUAAAGUAGAACAGAAUGUGAGAGCUCUAAAUAUAAAGAUUAGAGAUGAACAAGAAAUAUAAAGAUGAGGCCAACAAAGAAAUAGC